AUACAAGCUAUAGCAUUGAGAGGUUAAUUUUAUCUUGGUUUGAAAACAUUGAAACAUUUGCAGAAUAUGCCAUCUCUGUGUAUAUGUAUACCCUGGACGAUGCUGCUGAGCCCCUCGUCCACGACGCCCGCACGAACUUUUUAUACGGCCUCCACCAUCUCAGCGCCCACCGCCCCCCAGGGAAAUUCAGCGUUCGAGAGUGGCCGACGAGGAAGCAGAGAGCGGCGAGGGAGAGAAGAGGAGGGAGCGACAUAGGAAGAGGGUGGAUAGAGGGCAAUAAAAAUCACACAAAAGGAAGGAAAAUGAAAAAUGAAAUUGGUUGGAAAAAAAUACUCAUCAUUGGAGAAAAUCAAUGGAUAUAUUAUUUCUAGAGAAAGAGAGAAAGUUUAAAAUUUCUUUUUGUAACCGUUGAGAAUUUUGAGUCCCAUUAAUUUUGGGCGCUUCAUUAAUUUCUUUAUUUCGCUAUCGCCUUUUUCCACGCUUUUGUGCAGACUGUCGAUACACGAUUUACGACCCGUCAAGUGAGGGACGAAUAGUACGUUGAUAACGACGACACUUUGACGAGAGACAACUUUUUUCCUCCUACUAGCAACGGGGAUUAAUUUCAGAGCUUUGUGCACGCGUUUUUUUUUGUUUUUUUUUUUUUUUUACUUCUCUCGUCGUGUAUUAUCUUUAAAAUAAUAAUUUGAUGGCGUUGCACAAUAUUUAUAACGCGUUUUUGAUACUUUUCAACAAACCAGAUAGAUUAAAAUAAAAUGAAAAACGUUUAAAUAAAUCACUAGCAAUUCUCUUUUAUUCAUUUUAAGUAUAUUUAAAAGAGAGAAACAGAAAGAAAGCUAGUAAAUUCAAAGUAAUUAGCUAUAUUUCAGCAAAUUAAAUUUAAACAUUUAAAUGCAAUUGCUUUUGCGACACCAGCUUCGAUUAAAAGAUUGAGUAAAAAACAAUUUCCAAGUACGAACACACGAAUCGCUUCUAAUUAAACAGAGGCCCACGCAAUAGUUAACUGAUACUUACUUAGUGUGAUGCUGGUUAAAGCGUUAGAGUAACGCUUUGAUUCACAUAAAUUACUGGGUGGUCCAUUCGGUGGCCAACCGAAUUACCGUGUCUAAAUGCGUUGGCGUGUAUAUAUCUACCGGCACGGAAAGAGAUGUUCUCGUAAAUCAAUAACCCCGAGACACGAGGUGAGACCCGCACUCGCGACGGCACAUGCUCGAGAUGUUAAACGCGCCCGUUAAACGGACUCAAAUCCGCUCCUAACAUCUCGCGCGUCCCGGUGGUGGUCCAGGUGGCUGGCAAAGGCAAUUAAACGUAUAAACGGCGGGAAUUAGCCGCAAGAAUUGGUCCAGCGAGAAGCGUUUUCAAUGGAUCGGCAUUGCUUCCCCGGGCAUCAGGACCAUUUAACACGAUGACAUCCCAUUUACCACCCCCGCACAAAGACUUCCGUAGACACUGCAAAGCCCCAAAAACCCAUAUGUCAGCACGUGCCGCUGAACGGAGGCUGCUACGAUGUGGCGAAUCGUUCUCUUUCACUAUACGAAGUCGAUAGUCGGACCCCCCACCGUAUCGAUCCGUCGAUUUCGUUGAUAUGCCAGUCGGAAAAUUAUUCGCACAAAUAAACAAUUUGGCUGAUGUCUUCGAGAAAGAGACGACUGGAGGAGUUUCUCUGACAAUAAGGAAAACGAUAUACGAAUGCUUGAUGAUGGUGUUUCACGAUUCGCGGAAAAAGAGAGGGGAGGAAGGAAAAGCAACGGCGUUACAAGUGACGACACAAUGCACUCCACUUAUAAUAACGAAGAAUUCGUACAUGAGCCAAAGGAAGAUGUGGGCGAAGACGAUACGAUAGUGGUCGAUUUGCCGCCGUAUGGAUACAGCCCGCCAUCAAAAGUAUCCACAUCAUCAGAGAAUGAAUCACCGACUUUGCAUAAAGAUCAACAGCAUCACCUGCAAUCUAAUCAUCAACAUCAUCAACAACAACAAACACAACAGCAACAAUCGCCAAAUCCCCCUGUGGAUACAGUCCGGAGAUACAGAACCGCCUUUACGAGGGAACAAUUAUCUCGUUUGGAAAAGGAGUUUAACAGAGAAAAUUACGUGAGUCGUCCGAGGAGAUGCGAGCUCGCCACGCAGCUUAGUUUACCAGAAUCUACGAUCAAGGUGUGGUUUCAGAAUCGACGUAUGAAAGAUAAGAGACAACGAAUGGCAUUUACGUGGCCGUUGACCGUGUGCUCGGAUCCGACGUUCGCGACAUUGAUCGCGGCGGCUUCCAGCGCCCUUUCACCGAUAUCACCCUAUCACAGCGCGAUACCAAGUAUACCGGCGACGGCGCAUCUGGCCCCUUCGGCGACGCCGUACGUAUCCGCGGCUGCGACGUAUUAUGCCACGCGGUACUCGCCGUAUUCCUCGAUAAGCCCGCUGCAUCGACCACAUCCGCGCGCUGCGGCCGCCCCUUAUCCUACACACUCGCAUAUGCUGCAAUCUCAUCCGUCUCAUCUGCCCUUGCACUUCGGUCUGGGCGUGCCGACCGUUGGCAGUAACGCCUUUCCCCCUGUCAGCAAUCCUUCCCCUACUUCCAUCACGUACGGUCCACCGUUGCUGCAAACGGAGGUGAGCCCGAUGGACUCGGAUACAUCCAGCGAAUGCGAAUCGUGCGGUAAUCAGCCGUCGCAGCCACAGCACGUUAUGCAUCAUCCACUCCACUCGCAUCAUUCGCGGCAGCACGUGACGAAUGCGAUCUCGAUGCAAGCGCAGCGGGACAGGAUCAUCGGAGCGGAACAGUCGGUUAAACUGCCACCGAACGGUAUGAAUGUACCUAUCACUUCGAUAUCGUUCGUUUCUGAAAAUCUAUACAGUUUGCCAACGACUCCGCCGUUGUCGACGUCCACACCGACACCGACACCGACAUCGACAACGACGACGGCGGCGGCGGCGGCGGUAUCGGCGCCUACUAAUAAAACCGAGCUAUUCCAACCGUAUAAGAAGUAAUUGUUUCAUUUGUGAUAUAUUACACGCAAGCGGGGCUUUAUACUUAACACAUUUUUCCGACUAUCCUCUGCCAUAGAGAUACUUCUUGUACGGUAUUAUGUGUUUUACGAGAGAAUAGCCUUGAUCUUUGUUUGUUACGUAUAAAUUCCUUUCUAUAAAUACCGCCUGCUGAGCGGUAAACAAAUAUUUUAACUUGCGUAAAAGAAAUGCCUUCCCUGUUAGCAUUUGUGUGUUCGCUAUUGAGUACCGCGAAUCCUACUUUGUGCUAACUUUACUGCCAGUCGCGUACAUCAAGGCUAUUUCUUUGGGAUAGAUUAAUAGAUGUCAUAAAUUAAAUGCCUUAACAAUUAUUAAAUGAGUCCCUUUUGAAUCGACACAUUACACAUGGAUGUAUACAGAAAUUUAAGUUAAGCUGUAAUAUUAUUUAAUCCUUCAGAUCAACACACGUUUAUUCUGAUUUUAAUCUAUUAUUAUUUAUCUUAAGAUUGUAUCUUUCUCGGUGAGAUUUCGAUAAUUUUUGGCGACACGAUUUGAACACUGACUGAAAUCAAUGGUGGAAACAAAAAAUUGCAACGACUAUAUAUAUUUUGAAUUAUUUAUAUAUAAAAUAUUAUUUAUUAAUUAUUAAUAGAAAAAAAUAAGGUAAUAAUAGCUUACUAGAUUAUAAUUUUAGAUAAGUGUCACAUAUUAUAAAUAUUUUAUAAUUUCUUAUUUUUUAUGAUAUAAUUUUUUAUUUCUUUUAAUAACAAUUUUUUUAUUUUUUACGAUGUAAAUAAUAAUGCUCGUAACUCGAUAAUGAAAAGCUACCGCGCUUUAAAACUUUUUGUGUACUGGUUUAUUGCAAAGAAAUCAUUAAAAAAAAUAUAUCUGUUAAAUCGUAUCGCCAGAGAAAUCGUGCCACGAUGUCCAUCGAAUAGCAGACGUUCACAUGAUUACAUGUUAUAGAAAAAUGAAGUAACGACAUUCAAUGACUGACAUAAUUCAUAUUUGAUAAGUGUCAUAUUUUAUAAAAACAAAGAAUUAUCUGAAAUAUGAUGAACGUCAAAUAUUAUCUGUACAUUAUAUAAGUACAAUGUUUUAUUUCUUUACUAAAUAAUCAAGGCACCACAUUCGAAUACACGUGAUACGUAUCUUUCAUAUUUAAAAUGCACUUAAUGAAUGUCAAGGCAUAUGAUACGUUAGGUUUAGUGUAGUAACAGUGAAGUAGAAGUAGAAGAACGUGUAAUAUAGGCAGGAUGAAGGAAAAGGUGAUAAGAAAUAAUUGUAGUUUUCACGCCGAAAGUUAGAUUCUUAUUAGAAAAUACUAUUGAGCAAAAUGUAAUGUACAUAAAAAAUAAUAAUUAUAGAUAUGUAUAUUUGUAUAUAAAUGUAUUAUAUUUUGUAUAUAGCAUAUAAUAUAGCUAUGUAAUAUAUAUAGUUUAAUAAGGAAGAAUUAGAGUGACACACACAACCGAACAUUAAUCGCUAAACGCGAAAAUAUAAUAAGUGCUGUAUCAUAUAAAUUGUAAGCUUCAAAUAGCUCGUGUAUCAGAUGGAUUGCGUAUGUAUCUCCAGAAUCUGCAUGCCUGUACAGUCAAAUCUUUAUGUCGAUCUUCGAAAAGUAUCGUGAUAUAAUAUUUAUAUUAAUUGUAUGUUUUCUGAAGGUUACAUGGCUGCAAAUAUUGUUAUUAACUAUCUGCGAGUACAUUUUGCCCAAUAUUGUCAGGGGUUUAGCAUAUAGUAAUAUUUGUAUAUAAAACUAUAACUUAGUAAGCUCCGGAAAGUGCGAAAAGAGUAAAAAAAUAAGGAAGAAAUAAAACAAUGAGAUGAAUAAAAAUAUUAUAUAUAAA